AUGGCUUCUUCUUUGGAUCAAUUGAAGGCCACUGGCACCGUCGUCGUGUGCGAUUCUGGUGACUUUGCCACCAUCGGCAAGUACAAGCCACAGGAUGCCACCACCAACCCUUCCCUGAUUCUCGCGGCUUCCAAGAAGCCCGAGUACGCCAAGCUCAUUGACGUUGCCAUCGCCUACGGCAAGGAACAUGGCAAAACUCUCGACGAGAAGGUCGAUGCUACCCUCGACCGUCUCCUCGUUGAAUUCGGCAAGGAGAUCCUCAGCAUCAUUCCUGGCAAGGUUUCCACCGAAGUCGACGCUCGCUUCUCCUUCGACACCAAGGCCUCUGUUGACAAGGCCCUCCAUAUCAUUCAGCUCUACAAGUCCAUUGGCAUCUCCAAGGACCGCAUUCUCAUCAAGAUUGCCUCGACCUGGGAGGGUAUCCAGGCUGCACACAUCCUGCAAUCGCAGCACGGAAUUAACUGCAACUUGACACUCAUGUUCUCCACUGUCCAGGCCAUUGCUGCUGCUGAGGCUGGUGCCUUCCUCAUCUCUCCUUUCGUUGGCCGUAUCCUUGACUGGUACAAGGCUGCCCACAAGCGCGACUACACCGCCGAGGAGGACCCCGGUGUCAAGUCCGUCCAGAACAUCUACAACUACUACAAGAAGCACGGCUACAAGACCAUUGUCAUGGGUGCAUCUUUCCGUAACACCGGUGAAAUUACAGAGCUUGCUGGAUGUGACUACUUGACCAUUUCCCCCAACCUUCUCGAGGACCUCUUGAACUCGACUGCCCCAGUCCCCAAGAAGCUUGACCCCUCUGGAGCUUCUUCCCUCGAAAUCCCUAAGCGCGAGUACCUCAACAAUGAGGCCCUUUUCCGUUUUGACUUCAACGAGGAGGCCAUGGCCGUCGAAAAGCUCCGUGAAGGUAUCUCCAAGUUUGCUGCUGAUGCUGUCACCUUGAAAGAUCUUCUCAAGGCCAAGAUUCAGGCUUAA